UGCGGGCCCUCUUCCUCAUUUCAUUACAGGAAGUGAGUCUGCAGUCAGAUGCAGAGCUGUCGACACACUCUGAGAUCAUUGCUGUAAACUGUUAUGAACAUGAUACUUCUGUAGUACCAGACUCGGCUGCUGCCACCAUGUCCUGUUUGUUCCAAUAUCUCUUUAAACUCACUUGAUGCCAUCAGAGCAGGCCAGCUACAAGUCCCACAGGCUGGAGGAUGGGGAAUAUAAUGCGAGGUGAGAGCGCCAAUGACAAGAUCAACACAGACAGCUCUUUAAAAGCUCUGGAGGAUGACAUGGUACUGGUGCUUAAGGAUUACCCGUCGCCGGACAUCAGCGAGCCCAUCUACAGGAUGGGGGAGAAGCUCCGACUCAUAGCUCAGGAGGCUUACUGGUGGAGAGUACGCUCUGUCCAAACACAAAAGGAGAACUACAUACCCAACAGCCAUGUGGCAAAAGUGUACCAUGGUUGGCUGUUUGAGGGGGUGGAAAGGCAGAAGGCCGAAGAGCUGCUUAAUUUACCCGGGAACAGAGUGGGCUCCUUCCUGGUGAGGGAGAGCGCCAGGGAAAGAGGUCUGUAUUCACUCUCAGUGAAGCACAGGAGUGUAAAGCACUAUCGUAUCCUCAGACUGGACAACAGUUGGUACUACAUCUCCCCUCGCCUUACUUUCCAGUGCCUUGAAGAUAUGAUCAACCAUUACUGUGACUCUGCAGACGGCAUAUGCUGUGUUUUAACCUCCCCCUGUCUGUCGGGCACGACCCCGCCAUUAGACGCAGCUCCUGUAGCUCCACCUGUAGUCAUGCGACGCAACUUUGACUGGAAGAAAAUAGACAGCAAGCAGCUGGUCAACACAGAGAGCUGCAAUGACAACGUGGUGAGCUAUGGAGUCAGGAACAGUAUCGCUGCCUACCUGUCCUUGUCUGGGAAUCAGGACCCUGCAAAUAUGAGAGCAGCCAAUAGGAAGAAAAAGAGUAAAUCUGUGUAUGGUUUCCCUGAAAGCGGCAACGGAAACAUUGACUAUGAGGACAUCUAGAGACAGCAGCAGGGUUCAAAGAUUGAAAUACCUUCAAGUGGAAGGUAGUAGAGGGCAUCCUUCUCAGCAGCAUCCCAAACCUCGAAGUGUGCUAUAGCUUCUAAUGUGAGCAGUUGAAGUACUUUAACAAUAACGCAAAUUGCCUGAGCGCUAACACUUUGACUCAGCUAAUAGGACGGAACUUUAAGGAGUUGAACUGGACGAUGGUGCAAUUGAACUGUGGUGUGUAUUCUGCAUGAGUCACAAACACAGACAGCCGGCAUUAGGAUAGCGAAAGAAUAAUGCUAUUGUUUGUUAAUAAUAUUAUAAAUAUGUGUGUGUAUAUGGACUAUUUGUGGCUUUCAAACUAUUCUUUGUGUUCUUAAUAAAUGUGAUAUGGGUAAAUACCAAUAUUUUGAACCCAUAAAUAUA